UUAUACAUCCAGUGAAAUAUCUGGUUGUUCUGUGGUACAACCGCACCGUGUCAUUGAAAAGCCAGACUCCAUUUUGUGUGCGUGUCUUUUUCCGCUGUGUUUUCAAGAGGCAGCAAGUCAAUCUCCCCCCCAGCAGAAGAAAAACACAGAAAGAUACACAUCCUACGGCCAGAAUGAGUGGAUGCCGCAUAUUUGUGGGCCGGUUGAACCCGUCCGCCAGAGAGAAGGACGUGGAGAGAUUCUUUAAAGGAUACGGCCGCAUCCGAGACAUCGACCUCAAGAGGGGCUUUGGUUUUGUGGAGUUUGAUGAUCCCAGGGAUGCUGAGGAUGCCGUUUAUGAGCUGGACGGCAAGGAGCUCUGCAACGAGAGGGUAACCAUUGAGCACGCCCGAGUGCGCCUGCGUGGUGGCCGAGGACGCGGUGGGGACAGAGGAGGAGGAGGAGGUGGUGGUGGCGGUGGUGGUGGUGGUGGUGGAGGAGGAGGUGGUGGUGGUGGCCGCUUCCCAGAUCGCUAUGGCCGUGGCUCCCAGGAUAGUCGGAGUAGGAACCCUCCUCCGAUGCGUACGGAGAACCGUCUCAUCGUGGAGAACCUGUCAUCUCGCGUCAGCUGGCAGGACCUGAAAGAUUUCAUGAGACAGGCGGGGGAAGUCACCUUUGCAGACGCCCACCGCCCCAAGCUCAACGAAGGGGUGGUCGAGUUCGCUUCUUACAGCGAUCUGAAAAACGCUGUUGAGAAGCUGUCUGGCAAGGAGAUCAAUGGAAGGAAAAUCAAGCUGAUCGAGGCAGCUAAGAAGAGGAGUCGCUCCCGUUCAGAGAGCUCCUCUCGUUCCCGUUCUCGUAACCGCUCCCCGUCCCGCUCCAGGACACCCCGUCGUUCCAGGUCCCACUCCCCCAAGAGGGACUAUAACCGCUCCCGUUCUCGGUCCCACAGCGGCUCCCCGGCCCCCCGCGGCGGUGCAGGAGGAGCCGCCCCUGGUUCCCCACCGCCCAGGGCCAAGGAGACCUCCACUUCCUCCAAACGGCCCUCCAAGCCCAGCAAGUCUGCCUCUCCCCACUCCCCUCCCCCUGCACAGCGUGCACCUUCCAGGUCACCUUCCAGGUCUAGGUCUCGUGGCUCUCGUUCCCCGUCCACAGACAGCCGCCACUGAGUAUUGAGAACAGGAAUAUACACGUUUUGACAUGAGCUCACACUCGCACACAGUACAUGAAUACACUCUCAUUAAGACAAACAUGAACACACACACACACACACAGUUUUAGUAAGACUACAGGUCAGGGCCAGGAACUGUAACACCUAGCAGUACUGGCCUUCUGAAUCUGUAUUUCCCCCUCUGUCCCCCCCCCCCCCCCCUCUUCUGACAUGGCUGACCUUUGACCUCCUGCAGCAUCAUGGGUGUUCUCAGUAAAAGCAUCAGUCUCUGAACACAAUGACGGUUACAUUAUGAGCAUUUAUUCCCUAAACCUUUUUUUUACUGGUUUUGUUUCAGUCAGUAAUUUUACUUGGAAUGUUUUUUUUUUGUCAUUCAAAGCUCAUGUGUGAUUGAUUCCCCCUCCCCCUGCUGUUGGUUGGUAGCUCUGAUAUCAUGAACUGUUGAGAAUUCAAGUACUGUUGCAUGAUGGUAAGGAAUGUGAUUGGUUAAUGUUUUGGGUCGUACCAUUCUUAUCUCAGUGUAGGGGUGGUGUAAGGUAACUGUUAGGGGAUUUAUGUUUUAUGCUGUUAUUUUUUGAUAGAAUACCAUCUCUUUUUUUUGUGUGUGGGUCUUUGUUGUGAUUGGCAGUAAAAUAAUGUUUUAUCCUCUGUAGGGGUGGUGUAAGGUAACUGUUAGGGGAUUUCUGUUUUAUCCUCAGUGAAGACACCCUGUGAAAACGUUGUACGUGCUGUUUUUAUUUGAGCCCAUUUGUAUUGAAUGUUUAAAUGGAGUGGUGUUUCUGUUCCGCUUUAUAUCUCCCUUAUACAACUUAUUGUGACGAGGUUAACGCCUAGACAAUAGUUUGGAAAAUAAAAACCUUUUGUACACUAAA